AAUGCAACCUGUGGCUGGAUAAGCGUUAUUCCAGGCAGUGAACUAAGCGAUUUAGAUUAACCGAACGACCGAUCGCGUUCUUAUUUUGUUCUACAAUUUACCACUUUAUCAAGCCCAACCAAAACAGGGCGGGAUGUCAUUCUCAGUUAGAUCAUUGCUCGGAUCGGACGCGUUUCAAAAAUAAUAUUAUUAUUUCGAUAAUAUUAUUACAGUGUAAUUACGAUACGAGUAUAUCGGUUAUUAAUAGUCCCGUAGCAAAACACGUAGCGCUCGUCUACGAGUUGUAAAGUUGCGUGCGCGUACGCAGUGUUUUCCGUUAGUGCUCGAAAUUCGAAACAAAUUCUGAAAAAAUGGCCAACAAAGACGUACAAAAUCUAGAGACCGGCAAUUCGAACUCCGCGCCAGAACCCGUGGCGCAAGGCGGCAAAGUUUCACGCCUGCUCGGAACAAGCUCCAUAAUCGGACUGUCCGAUAUCACGGACAACAAGCUGCUCUGGAGGCAGUUGGUCGCGGAACUAGUGGGAACCUUUUUGCUGACGUCGAUCGGUGUGGCCUCCUGCAUUGCCAUCGAGAACGCUGAUGCACCGAAAGUCACCAGUAUUGCUCUGUGUUUCGGUCUACUCGUCGGCUCAAUCGUGCAGGGCAUCGGCCAUGUAUCUGGCGGCCACAUAAACCCGGCGGUGACGUGCGGUCUCUUCGCGUCGGGUGACGUCAAACUGUUGAAAGCGAUCUUCUACAUCGUCGUGCAGGCUCUAGGAGCCACGGCUGGUGCUGCUUUUAUUAGGUUAGCAGUACCUGAAAAUAGAGUGCUCUCAUUUGGCAUGACCCUUCCAGGAACUGGAGUGACUGAUGGACAGGCGGUGCUAGUGGAGGCGCUGAUCACGUUCGUGCUGGUGCUGGUGGUGCAGGGCGUGUGCGACGCGCGCCGCAACGACCUCAAGGGCUCCGCGCCGCUCGCCAUCGGCCUCAGCAUCACCGCCUGCCACGCUGCUUGCAUACCUUUCACCGGUUCAAGCAUGAACCCCGCACGAUCAUUCGGCCCCGCUCUCGUCAUGGGCGUCUGGACUUCUCACUGGGUAUACUGGGUAGGACCGAUAGCCGGCGGCGUGGUGGCAGGGCUGGUGUACAGGUUCAUCCUGCGCAUCGGCAAGGCCGGCGACAGCGGCUCCUACGAUCUUUAAGCAUUUGACUCUCA